UUCCUUUCCAUUUACCCCCCCCUUCCAAUAACCAAACACCCCGUCUUUCUCUCUCUGCAAUUCUUCUCUCUCUCUCUCCCAUUCUCAUCUCUCUACUCCGACAAAUUCGCUACUUCGGACAACAAAUAUUUGAAACCAAAAACCUAAGUAUACAAGGAGAUGGGAUCAUCGAAAUCCUAAUUCCCUGUUUGGCUCUUCAUUUUUUCUCUAAAUGCUCAUUUGUAUGAAGCCUCCUUGGCUACCUCCGUUUUUCCCGUUGAUAUAGAUUUGCAUUUAGUGGUUUCCUGCAGUGAAUGCUAAAUCAUGGACACUUCUGAGGUUGAAGAGAACCUAUUUGCAGCUAGUGAUGCCAAGUUACAUGGAGAAAUGUGCAAGACACUUUCAGCAAUUUAUUGCAAAGUCUUGUCAAUAUUCCCUUCCUUGGAAGCAGCACGUCCUAGGAGCAAAUCUGGUAUUCAGGCUUUAUGCUCAUUGCAUAUAGCACUGGAGAAGGCCAAAAAUGUUCUUCAACACUGUUCAACAUGUAGUAAACUUUACUUGGCUAUUACCGGAGAUUCUGUUCUCUUAAAAUUUGAGAAGGCAAAAUGUGCUCUUAUUGAUAGUCUUAGACGUGUUGAAGAUAUAGUUCCACAGUCCAUUGGAUGUCAGAUUUUGGAGAUUGUAAGUGAACUUGAGGGGAUUGUUUUCUCACUCGAUCUGUCAGAAAAGCAAGUUGGUGAUGAAAUAAUUACAUUGCUUCAGCAUGGGAGAAAAUUUGAUGACUGUAAUGACAACAAUGAGCUCGAGUCUUUUCACCAGGCUGCUACUAGAAUUGGUAUCACUUCUUCAAGAGCAGCCCUAACAGAAAGAAGGGCUCUCAGGAAGCUGAUAGAAAGAGCUCGUGCAGAGGAAGACAAGAGGAAGGAAUCUAUUGUUGCUUAUCUUUUACAUCUCAUGAGAAAAUACUCCAAGUUAUUUCGAAGUGAGGUUUCAGAUGAUAAUGAUUCUCAGGGUUCAACACCUUGUUCCCCCACCGUUCUGGGUUCUCUUGAGGAUGGAGGCGCUGGUGGUAAUGGCCAGGCAUUUGAGCGGCAGCUAUCGAAGCUCAGUUCUUUCAAUUUCAAGCCAAAUAUUAGGAGAUCUGGGCAGAUACCCCUUCCACCUGAAGAAUUGCGAUGUCCAAUAUCAUUGCAGCUUAUGUAUGAUCCAGUCAUAAUUGCCUCUGGACAGACAUAUGAGAGGAUCUGUAUUGAGAAAUGGUUUGGUGAUGGGCACAACACCUGCCCAAAGACUCAACAGAAGCUCCCACAUCUCUCUUUGACUCCCAAUUACUGUGUUAAGGGUCUCAUUGCUAGUUGGUGUGAACAGAACGGAGUCCCUAUUCCCGAUGGUCCCCCAGAGUCUCUUGAUCUUAACUACUGGAGACUGGCCUUGUCUGAGUCUGAGACUGCAAAUUCAAGAUCAAUGGAUAGUGUUGGUUCAUGCAACUUAAAGUGGGUUAAGGUGGUUCCUUUGGAGGAGAGUGGUACCAUUGAGGAAGUGGAAGGAAAUGAAGCUGAAAAUGAAUCCCCAUGUCCACAGGUGGAAGUUUCUGAGUUUACUGUGCUAGAAAGAUAUCAGGAUUUCCUAUCUGUCUUGAAAGAAGAAGAGAACUUGAGGAAAAGGUGCAAAGUUGUGGAACACGUAAGGCUUUUGCUGAAAGAUGAUGAGGAGGCCAGGAUGUUUAUGGGGGCUAAUGGCUUUGUUGAGGGAUUAAUGCGAUUUCUAGAGUCAGCUGUGCGUGAAGUGAAUGCAAUGGCUCAGGAAAUGGGGGCUAUGGCACUCUUUAACCUUGCUGUCAACAAUAACAGGAACAAGGAGCUGAUGUUAGCAGCUGGAGUGAUUCUAUUGCUGGAGGAUAUGCUUUCCAACUCCAAUGCCCAUGAAUCAGCAACUGCUCUCUAUCUUAAUCUCUCUUGCCUUGAACAGGCCAAAACUAUCAUAGGCUCAAGUAAGGCUGUCCCAUUCUUAGUCCAGCUACUUGGAGGUGAAGCUGAUCCACAAUGCAAGCUUGAUGCCCUUCACACUCUUUAUAACCUCUCUACUGUGCACUCAAAUAUUCCGAGCCUUCUUUCAGCUGGCAUAGUCAAUGGCCUCCAGUCACUCGUGGUUUCUGGUGACCAUACUUGGACAGAGAAAUCCAUUGCAGUUCUGCUAAAUUUAGCUUCAAGUCAAGCGGGAAAAGAUGAGAUGGUAUCAGCCUCUGGUCUCAUAAGUGGUCUUGCUUCAGUUUUGGAUGCUGGUGAAUUGAUUGAGCAAGAGCAAGCUGUUUCAUGCCUUCUACUUCUUUGUAAUGGAAAUGAGAAAUGUAGUCAAAUGGUCCUACAAGAAGGUGUGAUUCCUGCAUUGGUGUCAAUUUCUGUAAAUGGGACGACAAGAGGAAAGGAGAAGUCACAAAAACUCCUGAUGCUAUUUCGGGAGCAGCGACAACGAGAUCACCUACCUGCGGACUUACACAAGAGGGUAGAAAGCAGUCAAGCGCCCAUGCCUGGUCCAGCCCCAGCUUCAGAAUCCAAGCCACUGUGUAAAUCGGUAUCAAGAAGAAAAAUGGGGAAAGCCUUGAGCUUUCUGUGGAAGAGCAAGAGCUACUCGGUUUAUCAGUGUUAAAACGUGGCAAGCUAUUGUAAAUUUCCCUUGUAUCUUCUUUUCUAUUUCUCAUGUCCUGUUCCAAUGGACAGUAUUUAUCUUUUUUUGGGUUAUCAUAGAGAAGCAGAAAUGUACAGGCCCUUUGUAAUCUAUGGAUUUUUGUGUCUUCUCCAUUUUUGUGUAGGAAUACAUGUCCCAGCUAUUGUCAGAAUUGAGGUUUUA